UUAAGAAUUCUUUGCAAUUGCUCCAUUUUUGCAUAUUUCAAAUAUUUUUCAAUAAAAUAACCCCAGAGUUGCUUAAAUACUUAUAGGAGCAGGCUACAACUAAGUCGUAGUAGGACCAGAGAGAAUACAGGUUUGCAAAAAGUAUUGGACAAGAUGAGAGAAACGAUGCCAAAUUUCUAUAAAAAGGGACCAGGCUUUGCCUCACCAACUAAUGAUCCUAAAUUUGAAGACUCCACCCCUAAACCUCAGGGCUCCUUUUUCUACAGUUCAAAGAAAAAUCAUUCAAGAAAUAACCUCCGAGCAAAGCUAGGAGCCUCAAAUAGGAAUUUUAACAGAACAGUUAUUAACUUCAAGCCUAAUAAUUGGAACAAGAGAGCUUUUAAAGAAAGAAGAUUUGGAGAUUUGAAGAACUUUACAUCAAAGAGAAGGAAGAAUAGUGCUGAAAAGCAACAAACUAUGGUGUUAAUCAAGAACAAAGGUUUUGAUAACCCUUUGCAAGCAUUCACCACAUUGAGGGAGAAUAAAUAAGGCAUUUAAAUUGAUAUCUAUAAUGUCAGGAUGGAAGCCUGAGAGAGGACAAACUUUCAGUACCCCAACGGCUAGGUCAGAUACUGCAGACAAUAGCAAACAAAGUCUUUCUAUGCCAAGGAUCAGACUCAAUAAAAUAAUUUUGAAUAAGGACAGCAAGAAGGAACCAAAUAAGAAAUCGCAUCGGAAAACUCAGCAAAAUCAAGUAAAUAAUGUUUGGGCCCAAGCAGAAAUCCUUCAGAGAAGAAUCUUAGUGGAAGAAGGAAGGGUUCUAGGAAAGUGCGAAGCUCACAUCGAUGAUCUCAGUACUCCUCUUACUCGUAGUAGAUCCUCAAUGGUCUCUUAUAGCAACCUUGUGUACCUCUUUGGUGGAAUCUCACAUAAAGUGUGAAAUGAUCUCAGAGUUUUUGAUUUUGAGUCCUCUUCUUGGAAACCAGAAUCAGAAACCCACGAAGAAGAGAAGAUAAACAGAAAGUAUCAUGAGGAUUCAUCAGAUAUGCUAAUUAUUAAUUAUAAGGGCUUCACUCCUGAGGCUAGGUUCGGACACUCCUUAAUCAGGUAUAAGGACACUCUCCUUUUGUAUGGUGGUGAAAAUAAAUAUGAUAAAAUCAGAAAAAGAAGGGAUCUCUACCACGGAAUAAUCCUCUAUGAUCUCAACACUGGGCUCUGGGCUGAAGCAUCUUGUAAAGAUUCCAUCAUUGAAGGGAGAAAGCAUCAUGCAGCUGGAGUAUUCGGCAAUAAUAUGAUCAUUCAUGGAGGCUAUAACUCAGGGAACAACAUAGUCGAUGAAUUAGUGUGAUAUAACAUCGAAGAGUCUUGCUUUGUGGCAUUUGAUAUCAUCAAGAACUCUUUAGGCAAACUUGCAGGGCACAGCUUCACAAGUGACCGCCAGCAGAUGUUCUGUUUUGGAGGAAUUGAUCAGGAUGGAGAGACUAAUAACUGCAUUAGAUCUUUUGAGAUUUCAAGGUCUGGUGAGUAUCCUAGGACUGCGAGGUGGGAUAUAGUCGAGACUGCAGGAAAGCAGCCAGCAGCUAGGUACAUGCAUUCAAUGGGGUAUAUGGAGGAGAGCGAGUCUUUGGUACUGUUUGGCGGGUUACAGGCUCGUACACCUGAUUUUUAUGGGAGAAAUUUGACCAAGGAUUUUGGAGGUUAUUAUCUCAGAGAUCUCUGGCUGUUUCAUGUUCCUAUGUGACAGUGGUGAGAAGUUAGACUGGAGGGAGAUACCUUAGAGGGAAGGUAUUCUCAUUGAAGCGCUGUGUAUCGAAACAAAAUUGUUAUAUUUGGAGGACUUAGCCAGUCUGGACUCAGUAAAAGAGUUACUCAUUUGAUUGAACUAGAGAAUACGCAUUAUUAAUUUCUAGCAGUUCAAUAUCUAUGAA